AUGGCUUCCGUCACACUUCAAUCCAGAGACCAUCGGGGUCUACUCGACAUUAUUGAUAAGCUCCGAUCUCAAGGCAUCAGCAGAUAUGUCGACAUACCGCAGAUUAUCGUUUGCGGAGACCAAUCUGCCGGAAAGAGCUCCGUCCUGGAAGCAAUCUCGGGCAUGUCUUUCCCAGCCAAAGACAACCUCUGCACUCGGUUUCCCACAGAACUGAUUCUUCGCCGCCAUGCCACCUCCACCGUCAAGGUCUCAAUCAACCCCGGCCCUGACCGGUCGGAACAGGACAGAGGCCGCCUUGCUGAGUUCAAAGCAGAGAUUCACGACACGCCAGAUAUAGGGGACGUUGUCGAAAAGGCCAAACAAGCCAUGGGGCUUUCGGACACCAAAGUCUUCAGUAGCGACAUCCUCCGAGUUGAGGUAUGCGGUCCAACCCAACCGCAUCUCACCAUGGUUGAUCUCCCCGGGCUUUUCCGGGCUGGCAGUCGCGAACAGUCCGUCCAAGAUGCCGCCGUGGUACGAAAGAUGGUGCGAGGCUACAUGGAGAGCCCGCGGAGCAUCAUUCUUGCUGUUGUUUCCGCCAAAAGUGACUUUGCGCUCCAGGAUAUCACCGAGCUGGCACGAGAAGUCGACCCUCGAGGAGUUCGUACCCUUGGGCUGAUCACAAAGCCUGACGCCCUGGAUGUUGGGUCCGACAGCGAGAUUGCGUACUUGAAACUGGCCCAGAACAAAGAUGUCGUGUUCCGGCUGGGUUGGCAUGUGCUCAAGAACAGAGACUUCAAGACGCGAGACGCCACGUCUGCUGAGCGCGAUGAAGCUGAGGAAGCCUUCUUUUCCAAAGGCGUCUGGACAUCCAUGGAUCCGUCGCUAUUAGGCGUCAAGUCGUUGAAGCCGAGGCUUAGCAACGUGUUGAAGGAUCAAAUUCUGCAGCAGCUGCCGGAUCUUCUGCAGGACGUAGACGCAGAAAUGGCUGCGUGCGAAGCCCAGCUCAGGAGGCUAGGUACCCCGCGUGGGACAUUGAAGGAGCAGCGCAAAUACCUGCUGCUAGUCAGCCGCGACUUCACGUCACUCAUGCAGGCAGCGAUAGAUGGAGAGUACAGCGAUCCGUUCUUUGGAGACGCACAAACCGAAGCGGGAUACCGGAAGCGUCUCAGAGCACGUGUGCGAAAUACGUUGACCGCUUUCCAGCAGGAAAUGUGCCUCAAGGGUGAGAGUAAGCGUAUUGUCGACGACGCGUCCGACACGGAAAAUAAGGAGCAAUCCUCUCGCAGAAUCUCUCGCUCCGCCUACAUCGACCACGUCAACGUUCUCAUGAGCCGCAUGAGGGCGCGGGAACUACAAGGCACAUUCAACCCACUCAUCAUAAGCGAAUUGUUUGCCGAGCAAUGCCAGCCGUGGUCGGGAAUCGCCGAAGACGUCAUGGGGAGCGUUCUGCAAAUCGUCGACGACGUGACGCGGGCCAUUGUUGACCACAUAGCCAUCGAGGAAGCCGCGAACGGCAUAUUCUGCAUCAUCAGCAGCUCCUUGGAUGGGCUCAAGGGCGACCUCCACGCCAAGUUGCAGGAGCUUCUGCGACCGCAUCUGCAGGGCCACCCAAUUACGUACAACAACUACGUCAUCAACAUUGUGCAGAAAGCGCAAGCUGCCAGGCGUCACGGCCGGCUGGAAAAUGUGCUGAAGAAGGUGCUGGGCAGGGAUGACUUGCAAGCUGGCAAUGAAACUUCGUUUGAUCCGUACCAAUUGCUAAAGUCGCUGGAGGAGGAGACGGACGACGACAUGAAUCAGCACGCCAGCGAGAGCGCCAUAGACUAUAUGCAGGCAUACUACAAGGUCGCGCUCGAGAGGUUCGUUGACGACGUAAGUGUUUUGGCUGUGGAGCAGUGUCUCGUCAGCAAGCUGCCUUCCCUGCUCCAGUCAGACGUGGUACUGGACCUUGAAGAAGAAGAAAUCGCUAGACUAGUGAGCGAGAGUCAAGACACGAGCCUGCAGCGCGCUCGUUGCUUGGAAAAGCUUGAUGUUUUGCAGAAAGGCAAAGAGGAGCUCAGGCGACUGGUUUCUCAACGUUCGCUGGGUCUGGGCGCUCACUCUGGUAGCAGCCAGGUUGGGGAUCAGGAAGCUAACUCGCAGGAGCUCGUCGUUCCUGAGGCAAACGAUGGUAACGGGGAGGAGGCAAACGAUGGUAACGGGGAGGAGGCAAAUGACGGUGACGAGGAGAAGACAAUCGUGGGGUGA